CCGUCCGGCCUCUCACAUGUCAGGAUCCAGGAAGAAGCGCCCGGUCCGGAGUGCUGCUGGGGAUGGCGGGCUCCAUAUAUAACAACCUGGUGGCGAAGCUGGUGAUGACUGGUGACUCCAAUGUGGGCAAGACGUGUAUAGUGAGCAGGUACACGGAGAACAGCCUGCCCUCCUACCUCUCCACAGUGGGCAUCGAUUUCAAGACAAAGACAGUCCACAUUGAUGAGACUCCGUUAAAGCUUCAGAUCUGGGACACAGCGGGACAGGAGAGGUUCCACACGCUAAGUGUCAGCUACUUCCGUGGGGCUCAUGGAUUUGUUCUUGUUUACGACAUCACAAAUUCAGUCUCGUUUGAAAAUACAUCUUCAUGGAUGAAAGACAUUAAAAUGAAAGCUGGUGAAGACGUGGAGGUAGUUCUCCUGGGAAAUAAGUGUGACAGGGAAGACGAACGCGAGGUUUCGAAAGAAAGAGGGGAAAAGCUGGCUUGGGAAUAUGGUAUACCGUUUUUUGAGACAAGUGCUAAGGAAAAUAUCAAUAUUGAGAAGGCUUUCCAAAUGUUGUUAGAGACCAUAUAUGCAAAGAGGUCGUCCGUAUUAGUCACUCAAAAUGUGGUGCACUUGAAAAAACCGAGGAAACCUUCAUCCUGUAUGAGUUGCAGGUGAUCGAGAGUCAAAAAACGGUGUGAAUGCACUUCAAGAAAGAUCCCGAUCUACAACAUCAUGCAGUAUUUUGUGGCUAAACACUGGAACAGAUGUCAGAUGUACUGUAUAUAUCCAGUGUAGUAUGUACACAGUUACAAACUAACCGCUGCACUGACAAUUGCUUGUGUGUAGAUGUACUAUAUUUUAUAUAUAUGAUAUAUUUGUGUUUGUGUGUACACUAUUAUAAUGCUGUGUUAAAGUGAACCUCUACCUUAGCUGUAAUUUUCACAUUUGCUGGUAUAACACCUGCCUACAGUAGGACAUACACAGCCCCCAAUAUGAAGUGGUCCUUAAUAGUAUAUGUGGUGUCCUCGAUGCUAGACACCACAUAAGCCCUGGUCAAAACUUCCUUUGCUUUAGGGCUCAUGCACACGAACGUAUUUGUUGUCUAUGUCCGUUCUGUUUUUUUGCGGCCUGUAUGCGGAACUAUUCAUUUCAAUGGGGCCACAAAAAAAAACCUGAAAUUAAUCAGUGUGCAUUUUGUAUUCCGCAAGUUCGUUCUGCAAAAAAACAGAACAUGUCCUAUUGUUGUCCGUUUUGCACAGGACAGGCAUUGUUACAAUGGAUCCGCAAAAAAUACAGAUGUAACACGGACGUCACACGGAUGUCAUCCAUUUAUAUAUUUUUUUUUUGCGGAUCUGUGUUUUGCGGACUGCAAAAUACAUAAGAUCGUGUGCAUAAACCCUAAGGAAGUUUUCUGGGAAUGUGAGCAAGACUUGUUUCCUCCACUUGCAGAGAUGUCUAGGGGGGGGUGAGAAGGAAGGGCCUCACUUCACUACACUCUUGCACUUGCAUGUGCUACAUAUUGGUGAGUGUUCCGGUCAGGCUGCCCAGUCACUAUGGCAGGAUAGGCAGGAUCACAUAAAUACCAUAUGUUGUAGAGCAGUGUAGUUAGUAGUGAGGCUCUGUUCCCUCAGCCCCCUAGGUUGCUCUGCAAGUGGAGGCGGUUAGUCCUGCUCACAUUCUAGGACAGAUUGCUGGUGGCCAUUUUAAAUCAUUUCUGGUGGACCCCUUUAAAUUCAAAUAAGCGGGAUGAAUCAAGAGAA